CAUGCCCAAAAGCUUUUCGUGGGAGUGGUGCAGGGUCAGGGACGUUGUUGGGAAUCCCCAGGCUUUAUAGCUCUCGCAGAUUCUGCAAUUGCAUCACAACCUCCCAUUUUCAUGCAUUCAAAACAGGUUCCAAUCUCUUCACAUUCUCCUCCAUCCUCCUCUUUUCCUCAUUCAUCUCCCACUUUGAUUUUGAUUUCAUAGUCGUUGUAAAACAAAAACUACAUCAAUUGGAUUCUUGUGUUUUUACUACUUUUUAUGUAGACAUUUUUGUUGUUUGGUUACAAAGUUGAUCGAUAUAGGAUGAACAAACUAAGAUUGUGAGGAGCACCCUCCUCGAAUUUCAAAGCAAGUAGAAUGUCGGACUCGGCGGAGUCGCCGGGUUCUUUACCUGAGUCUCCUCCGGAGGACUCCUCGUCUCCUCCACCAAAAUCAUCAACCUCACCACCUCCUCCACCUGAUGAUGAUUCUCCUUCGGCACCUCCACCUACAUCCAAAACUUCACCCCCUCCACCCUCCGAUUCAUCCCCACCACCUGAUUCAAACACAUCACCGCCCUCACCACCCCCUCCCAAAUCCGAGUCACCGCCUCCUAUUCCGCCACCACCUUCGCCUUCACCUCCACCUCCACCUCCACUGUCCUCCGGUUCAGGCCCUCCCAAACCUCCACCACCAUCACAUUCAAACUCUUCACCCCCACCACCACCAACAUCGCCACCACCUGCCGCUAUCGCUCUUUCACCUCCUCCCACCCCUACUCAAACUGCACCUCCUCCUUCCCCAACCCCUCCUACAUCUCCUUCUCCUCCCCCUCCUGCUGAGGCCUUGCCAGCUCCUCCAGCGCAAAUCAUCUCCCCUCCAUUGUCACUCUCUCCUCCCAUUGCCAUCCCUCCUCCUAAUUUGCCUAGUACUCCACCACCACCAUCAACUCCUACUCCUACUCCUUCAACUCCUAAUCCCACUCCAUCAACUGAUACGAGUCCUCCAACGCCAACCACUUCACAUGUCCCCCCUCCUCCACCAUCAGAUCGGGUUCCAAGUUCAUCCACUCCUUCCCGAACAUCCAGUCCAGAGAAAUCUAGCCAAUCAUCGGGAUCGGGAUCAAGUACGAGUUCUCAGACUGGCCCUGUUGUCGUUGUCGGUGUGACAGUAGCUGGAGUGGUCAUCCUUGCACUGGUUGCCAUCUUUUUUGUGGUCUCUCGACGGAAGAAGAAGCAUUCAGGGGUCAUUCCUGCAAAAUACAAUCCACCAACUGCAAGCUACUCUGUGAAAUCAAAUGGGCAUUACUAUGGACAGCAACCUAUGGGGAUGUCAGCUCCUUAUGGUUCACAACACUCACUUUCUCAACAUGGAAAUGGAAACAACUAUGGGAGUCAAGGAGGGCAAAUGUACUACCCUGGGGGACCAGAAUCAGGUGUCAUAGGCGGUGCUAAGUCCCUUUUCACCUAUGAAGAGUUGAUGGAAAUAACCAAUGGAUUUUCUCGUCAAAAUAUCAUUGGUGAGGGUGGGUUUGGAUAUGUUUACAAAGGUUGGCUGCCAGAUGGGAGAGUGGUGGCCGUUAAGCAGCUCAAGGCAGGCAGUGGACAGGGCGAACGGGAGUUCAGAGCUGAAGUUGAGAUUAUUAGUCGUGUUCAUCAUCGGCAUUUGGUCUCUUUGGUGGGAUAUUCUAUAGCUGAGAAUCAAAGAUUACUCCUCUAUGAAUUCCUUCCAAACAAGACACUUGAACAUCAUUUGCAUGGUAAAGAGUUGCCUGUAUUGGACUGGACGAAAAGACUCAAGAUUGCCAUAGGAUCUGCUCGUGGUUUGGCAUAUCUACAUGAAGACUGUAAUCCAAAAAUUAUUCAUAGGGACAUCAAGUCAGCAAACAUUCUGUUGGAUGAUGAUUUUGAAGCGCAGGUUGCAGACUUUGGGCUUGCCAAACCAUCAAAUGACAAUAAUACCCAUGUAUCAACUCGAGUCAUGGGAACUUUUGGGUAUAUGGCACCAGAGUAUGCAUCAAGUGGGAAAUUGACUGAUAGAUCUGAUGUAUUCUCAUUCGGGGUGGUACUUUUAGAGCUUAUAACAGGGCGUAAAAGUGUUGAUCCAACUCAACCUUUGGGAGAUGAGAGUUUGGUUGAAUGGGCUCGCCCGCUCCUCAUUCAUGCUCUUGAAACUGGUGAUGUCAGUGAAUUAAUAGAUCCAAGGCUGGAACACAGGUACGUGGAGAGCGAGAUGUUUAGAAUGAUUGAGACAGCUGCUGCCUGUGUUCGUCAUUCUGCUCCAAAGCGGCCCCGCAUGGCAAAGGUGGUAAGAGCAUUGGACAGUGAAGGCGAAUCGACUGAUCUCACCAAUGGAGUGAAAUAUGGUCAGAGCACCAUUUAUGAUUCUGGGCAGUACAAUCAGGACAUUCAAAGAUUUAGGAGGAUGGCACUUGGUGAUGACAGCUCAGAAUAUGACAUGUACAGUGGGGAAUACCAAUCGAAAGAAGUGUCUCUUGGAGCCCCAACUUCAAGUACCUUAACUGAGUCAGAAACCCAAGCCAUGAAUGGCAAAUAGUUGCGAGCAGCGAGAUCGAUCUGGUGAGGCCCAAUGACUCUGGAGGUGAAUUUUCUGACAUUUAGACAUGGGAAAAUUUUCUGGGAUCUACCCCCUCACUGCCCCACAAAGAAAAAACAUAUAAGUGAAUGCAUUUGCUUGACUGUGUAUAAAGCUUUCUUUUGUGAAGUCAUGGUGCAUUCUUAAUGAUAUGCAGAUUGUGGGGGAGCUUGUAAAGUGCCUGUUUUAUUCAAAGUAAAGGCAAUUGCAGUUUUGUCUGAAUGCUUGUAAGGGGCUUCCAAUUGUGAUCAAGUGAUUGACUUCAUUCCAAUUUGAGCUUACAUGUUACUUCCAUUGUCUUGCAUUAUUUCUUCAUCACAAUAGGACCCUUCAUUUUUUUGGAAUUAAGAUA